UAAAAAAUGUUAAUGAUGUGGGUGCAGGUGAAGAACACAGGGUGUGGAAUUCACACGCAAGACAUUCCUUUUCUCUUCACCAAAUUUGUGCAGCCUCGGACUGGAGCUCAGAGGAACCAUGCGGGUGCAGGACUCGGUCUAGCUCUCUGCAAACGGUUCGUUGGGCUAAUGGGAGGAUGCAUAUGGAUAGAAAGCGAAGGGAUAGAGAAAGGCUGCACGGCUUCGUUCAUAAUAAGGCUGGGUAUCUGCAACGGUCCUGGCAGUAGCAGCGGUUCAAUGGCGCUACGUCUUGCAGCUAAAUCACAAACAAGACCAUGGAACUGGUGAUAACAUUACCAUGGAUGGUGACUUCCAUUGAGGAGAGCUUUUUGGGUAACUAUCACACGCAGCCGGAAGAGAAAGGAGAAUGUAUUAUUAUAUAAAUGGACGGAAGGGUUGGAACUGAUCUUAACUUAUUGGAAUUUUUGUUGGAUGUAAUUUGUAAAUAAAAAAAAUACAUACAGAUAUAUAUAUUUAUAUGUGUAUGCCGGGAGGUGUAUUUUUAUC